ACUAGUACUAGUAGUAGUCGUAGUCGUAGUCGUAGUAGGAGCUGUCUCUCCGUGAGAAUGAAUGCGUGUCUGGCGAAUGGAGAAGUCUGAUCGCUGCGGUGUUGUGCGGUGUUGUGCCUCAGCAGGGCGGAGGGAUACCAGUUGUACGCUAGCAGUGAUCGGCUCCUGUGUUCAGUUUCACGGAGCGAAGAGUUGAUUGUGUGCGGGAGGAGACUGAAAGAAAUUUAAAUCCCCCGGGUUGUGCGCGACACGCAAAAGAUAUAAUAACAGUUCUUUUUUGUUUCUUAUUUCAAACCCGUUUCAGUUAGAAAAUGUCCGACCGGUAGGGCGCUGCUGCUGAAGUUUUGUGGGGGUCUUUUUCUCUUUUGUGGGCUAUGGCGGUGGAAGCGCGGCCGGAGCUGGUCGGGAAACGGUUCCUGUGUGUAAGCGGAGAGGAGCUGCCGGAGCUCGGGGAGAUCGGGCGCUGGGGAUGGAGAGCCGGGGUUAUCCGAGCUGUGACCCACCGGGACAACGACAACCCAGAGUUGACGGUUUAUGUUGAGUUUGAUGACCUUGAAUGGGACAAGCGUGAGUGGGUCAAAGUAUAUGAAGAUUUCCAGAUUUUCUUGUUGGAGCACCAGCUUGUUUGGGCGAAGUGGAAAGAGACCAGCCAGCCUCAGGGAACAAAGAGUAAGCAGAUUCAGUGGCCUGCUUUGACAUUCAAACCUCUGGUGGGGAAAGCUGUGCUCAACUCAAUCACUGCAGUAGAAUUCUUCACAGAUAGACAUCUGGAUUUCAUGAGUGGAGAUGGUGCCUGUCAACCUUAUCAGGAUGAAGUAGACAGUUUGAAUCCAGUUCUCAGGGACAAUCCACAGCUUCACGAGGAAGUGAAAGCCUGGGUUAAAGAACAAAAGGUUCAGGAAAUUUUUAUGCAAGGUCCCUAUUCUUUAAAUGGAUACCGAGUAAGAGUAUACAGACAGGAUUCAGCCACCCAGUGGUUCACUGGCAUCAUCACGCAUCACGAUCUCUUCAGUCGCACUAUGAUUGUGAUGAAUGACCAGGUUCUAGAGCCUCAGAAUGUUGAUCCUUCUAUGGUACAGAUGACAUUUUUAGAUGACGUCGUUCAUUCUUUGCUGAAAGGUGAAAACAUUGGAAUAACAUCAAGACGCAGAUCUCGUUCCAGCCAGAACAGCAAUACAGCGCAUGGUCAUUAUACACGUGCUCAAGCAAACAGCCCCAGACCAGUCAUGAAUUCUCCCACUGCGACACCGAAACAAGCUCAGCAACAACAGCAGCAGCAGCAACAACAACAGCAGCAUCAGCAACAACAGCAUCAGCAACAACAGCAGCAACAGCAGCAGCAGUUUCAGCAGCAACAGCAACGGAGUUCCCGCUCCAGCAAGAGGAAGGGAUCAGAUAGCAGUGUGCCAGAUGAAGAUAAGAUAAAAGAGGAAAGACUUGACAAUGGAGGGCGAGGAGAAUUUUCAAAAAAUAAAAACAAACAAAUUGUACAUAAAAGAAGAAAACCCGAAGAGGAUGAAAAGAAAGUUUGCUUAAAAAGACUGAAGGCAGACAAUGUGUCAGACUACUCUGAGAGCAGUGACUCUGAAAACUCUAAUAAGAGAAUAGAUUCUUCCUCCGAGCAGAAUUCAGAGAAUGAGUUAAAAAGCAUAAGCACUCCAAAGGCUAGUGAAGAGGAAGAAAAGUCCCAGAGUAGCAAGGGGGCAGAGGAGCAGACUCUAAUAGAUAGACAUUCUCCCUGGGAUGAAAUACCAGAAGAUGAAAAAACUCAAAAAGUAGAAAGAAUUCAGUCAGAUGACUGUGACCUGCAAGAAAAAUCUCAGCUCCAACCAGCAGAGCCGCCCACCUUCUAUGAUCAGAAUGCCAGUACUCCAGAUGUCCAAGGGUGCAUUGUAGAAUUGAAAAACACUGUGGAAACUUUACCUAAUGACCAUUAUGCUAACAGUGCAUCACAAACUCCUACACCAAAAUGUGUUAUUGAUAUCACUGAGGAUAACAAUUCAAAUAAUGUGUCUCAGGAAACUGCUGAGGCUGUUUCUGCCCUGCAGAUAUCCCAAUCAUCAGAAUCAUACAUAUCGGAGUCAAGACAUUUGGUGUUAAAUCCAUCAGUUUCAGAUGUUAGAAAGCCAGAGGUCGAACAGCAGCUGAACAAUAGCAUUGCCAGUAAAAUUGAGUUUGCCCAUUCAGAGGUUAUAAGGACAGUUGCAGCUGUUGGUGAUUCUGCAGCUAAAGUUGAAAAGGACAAGGCCCCCUAUACCUCCAUUAUAUCUUGCAUUAGCAAAUCAAACUUUACAGAUGAAGGUAGAAAGUUAAACAAACAAAGUCCCUCGCCAGAUGUGUUAAAGCCCAACUCAAACCCUUCUCCUGAAAUUCUUAAGCCCAAAUCGAAUCACUUUUCUGACACCCUCAAGCCUAAACACCAGAACCCUUUGGAGACUUCCAAACCUAAACCAAAUACUACCCCUGAUAUUUCAAAGCAUAAUAUUAGAUACCAGGACAGCCAAAUCUCUGCUGCUUCUACAAACAGGCCAGUGUCAAAAGCUGAACCUGAAAUGCCCAGGUCAAGCUUCAAGCCAGUGCCAGCAAGAAUUAACCAUACAGAAGCCACAAAGAGUCCUCUCAUUAUUGACAGGAAUGAGCACUUCACAGUUUACAGGGAUCCUGCACUAUUCAGACCAGACACAGAGAAUAACCACAUUGCAUAUUUGCACCAGCAUCUUCAUCCACUCCAUGCCUCUUCACACGCAACAUGUUUAACCCCCAACAACCACCAUCCAAUCCACCUCCUUCCUGGAUCCUCGCCACAGGCACCCAUGGCUGCUAUCAAUGCCCAUGCUUUAAGCAGUGCCCCACACCAUUCUGUUCAUCACCCUCAUCAUCUUUCAACAGUACUACCUGGAAUGCCUGCUGCGUCUUUGUUGGGUGGACACCCACGUCUGGACUCUGGUCAUUCCAGCAAUUUAGGUCACUUGGCUCUAGCACAUCACCAACAUCACCAACAUCAGCAGCAGCAGCAGCACCAGUUUUUGCAGCACCAGCAACCUCCUCCUCACCUCUUGGGACAGACUCAUGCGACUGCAUCAUAUAGCCAGCUGGGACUCUAUCCAAUCAUUUGGCAGUAUCAAAAUGGCACCCACUCUUACCCAGGUCUCGGUAUGCCUUCUUCUAAGUGGGUCCACCCUGAAAAUACAGUCAAUUCGGAAGCCAGUUUGAGGAGGAACACCCACAGCCCCUGGCUCCCUGUGACCACGGCAGACAGCCUUGGUUUAUUGAACCACAUUCCUGUCAGACCUGCCAGCGCAGACCCACACCGGCCAAUCAAACUCCACAUGCAUGCUAGUCCACCUUUGUCAAAAGCAGCUGGAGACCAUCACAAAGAGGAUCUAGACAAAAAAGUCUUCAUUGAUCCAAUGCGAGCAAUUACUGCUGCACAUUUGAAGUCUGAUCAGGACCACAGCAGAACACAAGCUGGCAAAGAAAGCCAUAUGCAUAGACACUUCAUGGAUUCCAUCUCUGGUCACUGCAAGCAGCUUAAACCACCACAAGAGAUUGGGGACAGAAUAAACAAAUACAAAGAGGAAAACCGCAUGAUGCUUCAGGAGAGCAUUGAAGUGGCCCCUUUUACAGCCAAGAUAAAGUCAAAUGAUGUAGAAAGAGAUUCUUAUCCCAGGAUACCCCCCUUGCCCACUGCCAGUCCUAAAAACCAUGUCAUAAAACAGGACAAAGAUAUCGAGCACUCUGCAGCAGAACUCUAUAAGUUUAAGCAUUCAGUGCCACAGACUUUGCCGCAAAGCAACUAUUUCACCACCUUGUCGACCACUGUGGUGAAUGAACCACCAAGAUUAUAUCCAUCCAAAGAAGCUAUAAACUGUUAUGUUGAGAAACUGAGCAGCAGUCAUUCAGCAUCCUCUAAUCCCUUGAUUAUGACAUCAUUUAACAGUAAGUCACUUUCAAAGCCCCCUCCUCUGAUUAAGCACCAACCAGAAGGAGAGGGUUUGGUAGGAAAAAUAACAGAGCAGCUUUCUCAGCAAGUGGCCUCACAUGUCCUUAAUGCAUCUGGUAAUGAACGAAGAAGUCCUGUAAUGUCCCCAUCCAACCCACUCCGAUGCAUGCCAGCAUUACACAGGGCCCCAGUGUUUCAUCCUCCAACUCAGCAAACCUUGGACAGAAAGGAAGGCAGUUACGGUAGGCUUUCUCCACCGACACUGACUCCAAUCCAGCCUGUCAGUGCAGCUGGUAAAAUAUCGGAAUUGCAGAAGCCCCCGACCUUGCUACCGGAGCUGAGGGAUAUAAGCACUAUUUGCAAAAACAAUUCUGAGAUGACUUCAUCAGAGAUUUGGAAAGUUCGUGAUUCUCUAAGCCACGUGAAACCUGGAUGGAAUUUGGAAAAAAGCAAUGGAAAGCCACAGGCAGCAACAGCAUCUGUUAUUGUACGCCCACCUACAUGCAUGAAAUACGAUGGUUUGCCAGAACCAAAGUCUGCAUCCAAGGAGUUGGCCAUUGAAAAAUCAUUUACAGGAACAAAUCGGACAUAUUGCCUCAAACUAGGGGAAGGCAGAGAGCCUGGGAGAUUCAUUUUACCAAACAGGAACUUAGAGGAUACUUGCACUCGGUACAAAAAGAACUUUCAGGCUGUAUCCCAGGACAGUAUUCCGAGUUCUUUUGUGGCUGCUGCCAAUACUAUGUGCAAUAUAAAAACUCAUGUAACCACUUCUGCAGCCACAACCACUGGUGUCUUAAGUCGUGGUGAAUCAGACAUGACUUACUCUAUGUCGACCACUGUCUCGACUAAUUGUAGAACGGAAAGUUCUUCCCUUAAAAGUGGCGCUCAGUCAAUGGCAGAGUUGCAGGAGAACAAGAUCCGAACCACAUCCCCUAGCACAUUCCUGCCACUCAAUACAGGAAGCACUACACAGGCCAGUGCAGGCCUUACUUAUUCAGCCAGCUUUGUCCAUUUAAAAAAGCACAAGGCAGCGCUGGCCGCAGCUCAGUCCAGAAGCAGUAACGCAAAUGAAAGCGAGCCUGUUAAUGCAACAAUUCAGAAAUGCUCACCGGCCAUUUCACAAGACAGUACUGCAGUAAACAACACAAUGAACAAAACAUGCUCUUUAACUGAUGGGCAACCUGCCCAGUCGAGUCAGCCUAACUACCACACAAAGCUUAAAAAAGCGUGGCUUACAAGGCAUUCAGAGGAAGAUAAAAACACUAAUAAAACUGAGAAAUUGGGAAGUGCUAUGUCAGAGAUUAUUAAGCCAUGCACUGUUAGUUUAAUUGCAUCUACGUCAAGUGAUGUGGAAAAUAACAAAGAAAGUAAAGAACAGGAAGACCAACUUGAGCAAGAAGAAAAGAAGACAAGGACAGGAACUAAAAGGACUUAUGAGUCAGGCUCUGAGAGCGAUGACUCAGAUGAAAGUGAGAGCAAAGCCGAGCGAAGGGCCAAGCGUCAGCCCAAACCCACGUACAAAAAGAAACAAAAUGAUAUGCAAAAGAAAAAGGGUGAUAAUGAGAGAGAAGAUGAAGAAGUAAAAUCAAAUGGUAUUUUUAGAAGUGCCAGGGAAAAAACAAAACUCAAGUUGGCAAGCAGUAAUGGAAUACCUCGGUCAGUAUUAAAAGACUGGCGGAAAGUGAAGAAACUGAAGCAGACAGGAGAGUCCUUUCUGCAGGACGACUCGUGUUCUGAAAUUGGACCGAAUCUCCAGAAGUGUAGGGAAUGCAGAGUCGUCCGCAAUAAGAGAGGGGAAGAACCAGCUCCCUCCCCUGUGUUUUGCAGAUUCUACUAUUUCCGCCGACUUUCAUUUAGUAAGAAUGGGGUAGUCAGAAUAGAUGGCUUUUCAUCUCCAGACCAAUACGAUGAUGAGGCUAUCAGUCUGUGGGCACCUGAUGAUUAUGAGGACAAUGAGCUCGACCUGGAAACCUCCAAAUACAUACUAGGUUACAUUGGAGAUCAAUUUUGUCAACUAGUAAUGUCUGAGAAUACUGCAGCGACAUGGAUCAAAAAAGAUGCCAAAAUUGCGUGGAAGAGGGCAGUAAGAGGAGUGCGGGAGAUGUGUGAUGCAUGUGAAGCCACAUUGUUUAACAUUCACUGGGUCUGCCAAAAAUGUGGAUUUGUGGUCUGUUUGGACUGUUACAAGGCAAAGGAAAGAAAGAGUUCCAAAGACAAAGAGCUGUAUGCUUGGAUGAAGUGCGUCAAGGGACAGCCUCAUGAUCACAAGCACUUGAUGCCAACACAGAUUAUUCCAGGAACUGUUUUGACAGAUCUAGUGGAUGUGAUGCACACACUGAGAGACAAGUAUUGCAUUAAAUCCCACUGUCCUUGUGCGGGCAAACAGAAUAUACAGCUUGGCAAGCACCCUGCCACCAAUGGAGUUUCACAGGUAUUGCAGAAUGUCCUUAAUCACAGCAACAAAAUUUCUCUGUGCAAGCCUGAGUUUCAGCAACAGAAUGCAAUGCCAAAACUCGAAACAAAUGGUAGUAACAGUCCUGGAAGCGACACAAGCACAGACAGCAAGUUAACUCCGCCAGAAUCCCAGUCUCCUUUGCACUUCCUGGCAGACUUAGCAGAGCAGAAAGCCAGAGAAGAAAAGAAAGAAAACAAAGAAUCCCCACUCAGCAAGCAAGUGAAGGAAGAAAAGGAACAGACAGACAGUUUAGAGUCUUUGAACUGCAAAUCUUCCUCACUAGUGGCCAACAGCAAUGAGCAAGGCUCGACCCUCAGAGACUUGCUCACGACAACAGCUGGCAAACUACGGCUGGGCUCUACUGAUGCUGGCAUUGCAUUUGCUCCUGUCUACUCUUCAGGGACACAAACUGGAAAAGGUGUAAGAAGCAUACCUAAUAUUCUGGAUGACAUCAUUGCUUCAGUGGUCGAGAACAAGAUUCCAGCAAACAGAACAGCAAAGCUAAAUCUUAAACACGAACUGAAUGAGGAGAAUAAACAUGACAGGAAGAAGUCCACCUCAGACGAGUCCAGUAGACUGCACUCUGAUAUCCCGCAUUCCUGGCUCUGUGAUCGGCGUAUGCUUUGGCUCAAAGACCACAGGAACUGUAACAACUGGAAACUGUUCAGGGAGUGUUGGAAACAAGGGCAGCCUGUUCUUGUGUCAGGGGUUCAUAAGAAAUUGAAUGCCAGUCUGUGGAAGGCAGAGUCAUUUAACCAGGAGUUUGCAGAUCAUCAGGGAGACCUCUUAAACUGCAAAGAUGGAGUGGUUUCUAACUCGAGCAUCAAGGAAUUUUGGGAUGGAUUUGAGGAUCUAACAAAAAGACUUAAGUCAAAGGAUGGAGAAACUAUGGUAUAUCGCUUGAAAGAUUGGCCAUCUGGAGAAGAAUUCAUGGCCCUAAUGCCUUCUAGGUAUGAUGACUUGAUGCGAAACUUACCCCUGCCUGAGUAUUCAGACCCAGAGGGAAAACUUAACUUGGCAUCCCGUUUGCCUACUUUUUUUGUGCGGCCAGACCUUGGACCCAGACUGUGCUGUGCAUAUGCUGCUCAUGAUUCUGUGCCAGGUGUCACUGCUUCUAAGGAACAUGAUUUCGGAACAGCCAACCUGCACUUGGAGGUUUCUGAUAUAGUCAACGUGCUUGUUUAUGUCGGAGUAGCCAAAGGAAAUGGAGUCCUUUCUAAAACAGGCGUGUUGAAAAGACUGGAAGAAGAAGAUUUGGAUGAGAACAUGAAGAGGAGACUAAAGGACUCUACUGAGACUCCAGGGGCCUUGUGGCACAUUUAUGGGAACAAAGAUGCUGAGAAAAUUAAAGACUUUCUGCAAAAGACUGCAAAGGAGGAAGGCUUGGAGGUCCCCCAAGAACAUGAUCCUAUCCGUGAUCAGAACUGGUACCUGACCAGAAAGCUGAGACAAAGGUUGUUUGAAGAGCAUGGUGUUCAGGGCUGGACUGUUGUACAGUUCCUUGGUGAUUCUGUCAUUAUUCCUGCAGGGGCAAUUCAUCAGGUGCAGAAUCUUCACAGUUGCGUUCAAGUGAUUAAUGACUUUGUGUCUCCAGAACAUGUGGUGCACUCAUUUCACUUAACACAGGAACUAAGAUCAUCUAAAGAAGAGAUUAACUAUGAAGAUAAACUACAGGUCAAAAAUAUCUAUUAUCAUACAGUAAAAGAUGCCAUUGGAAGUUUAAAAAGGUUCUGUGAUGAAGAGCUUGAAGAUAUGGAAGAAAACUCUUGACAGUUUUUACAUUUUCUCCUUAUUGGUCUUGAAGACUGGGGGUAGCUGGAGUUCUUCAUCAUGUGGAUGCACUAACCUUAGCAUCAUGAACCUACAGUGCCAAGCAGACUUAAAUGGUAUUUGUUACCAACACCAUUACAGUAUAGCCCAAUGGAUCACAACUAUGAUUUCAAUGCAAGACUAAAGAUAAUCUAUUAAAAACGGCACUGUGCUAUUUUUUGUAUUAUACUGUAUAAUAAGUUUGUUUAAAUGAACAAAAAAAUCAAAUGAUGUAUUUAUUUUUGAAAAGAAUUACAGAGUGCUAUGUUAUAGAACAAAUGUAAAUGUGACUUGUACAGUUUGCUAAUAUCAGUCUGAUACUGUUCACUACAUUGAGACAGUUACUGUGAGGGAGACUACAGACACCAGCAAUCGCCUGUGCUUGGGGAACCUUUGCUGAAUCGCACAGCCAUCAUGUCAUAUCUUUUGAAAAACUAACUGCCAAACUAUUGUAAACAAUGUAAAGUUCUGUAAUGUAAAGCAAAAAUGACUAAAUGAAUAACACAAACACUUAAGCAUUUAAAAAAGUAUUCACUGUAAAAUUGAAGACAAUUUACAAAAGCUGUAAUUUAUUCAAGACAAUUGUGUUAAAUUGUUAUGGUGAACUUUUAAAUUUGAAAUGACUAUUAUCAAAACAUAUUAUGCUGUGUAAAUAUAUACAUUCAAUGAUGUAUUUUUUUAAAACAUGGCUUGCUUCAAAUUUGUUAAGUGCAAGUGGUACAUGCUUUCUACAUUUGAAGUUGAAAGAGGUUUUACAUUUUCCAUUAAAAUGGAUUUAUCAAA